AUGUUGCCCAGCGCCAAUUGGAUCUUAGGCCUCGGCCUGUUGAGCGCCGCCAGCGUUGUACGCUCGGCUGAGUUGUCCGGGCAUGCGCAGACCCUAUUCGACCAGUCGAUGAUGAUCCAGGACGAAAUAUACGAUCCUGAAGUCUCUUAUCUGCGCUACUUUUAUUUCCCUCUCGCAGCUGGUCCUCAUGAGACCCGGUCAACUGUUUGGCAUUCAAUUGGUCUGCUCCAACGGAACCAGGGAAACGAUCUGUUUGAGGCUGUGAAGAUUCUCGAGAACGUCAUCGGUGACCAAGAAAAGGACACCUCUCUGCAGUGGUAUGGCGAUUAUACCGUCUACCCUGAGCAGCCAACCGUCGGAACUCCUGCCUACGCACCUGUGAUCUACAACUCAUGGGAUCCCAACUGGAGAGGCUUCAUUGGCACCGCCUUGAUCGUGAUCUAUGAGGAGUUUGGAAGCUUGCUGCCGCCAAACGUCCAAGAUCUGAUCCUCGAAAGUUUGUACAACAACACUGUGGGCGACUCCUACCGUGUUGGAGGCGUCGAUGGAGACAAUCUCUACCCAGCCUACUCCAAUGCUUGGUUAAUGAGGACUGUGGCCACCUCCUGGACUGGGCGAAAAUUGAACGACUCCAACAUGACCACGUCUGGAGACGUGUACGCCCAAGAAUUUUUGAACCUUUUCGACAUCAACGGCACUUUGCCUGAAUUCAACGGUCCAACCUACGCCGGUGUCUCUUUGUAUGCUCUCACCAUCGCAGCAAAAUACCUUUCAUCCACCAGCUCGGUCAUUGGCCAAAAUGCGGAGCGUGUGAUCCAGGAUAUCUGGGAGUACGAGUCCUUACUAUGGAAUCCUAACCUGCGGAAUUUUGCCGGUCCAUGGGAUCGCUCUUACGGCUACGACAUGAACAACUACGUCGCCAUCAUGGCGGAAUGGAUAUGGUCAUUAGUAGGAAAGGAGAAGGUCUGGCACUACAGCUCACCCAUCGGAACCAUGACACACGCCGACGAUUUUGAAAUCGCGCCUGUUAUCGCGGUACUCUCAGAAUUCCACAAGACACUUCUUCCGAAUUCCAUCCUCCACCGGCUCAGAUCCUUCAUUGGCGAGCACACAUACACUGGACAGACAUACGCUCCUCCGGCAGAUUACGAACCGCGCAACAUUAGCACCUGGCUAUCGGCGAACCUGACCAUUGGCACGGACUCAUUCAACCAGAGUGUCGUCGGUGGCUACUCGGAAGAUUCAACCUCUUUCAGCCCUUCUGUUGUUCAAUGGCUACGUCCUGGUGGCUCCAUCGGUUAUUUCAACUUAUAUCCAACGGAAACCGCUCUGCAGGCCAGCGUGUCCCCGUACGCUCUGAAUUUGACCUAUCCCCUCGGUAACGAGACUAGCACGUUCACCUUUGUUCUCGCCUCAAACCCAUUGGGUGCAAAGCGUGACAUCUUUGGGCUGGAGGACGUCGACGGGUUGAACAUUGAGGUGGUUGGUGGCAGUGCUAACCCAGUCCCUGAGGUUUCUUUCUGUGGAUUGGUUGGCGGAACUUGCGAUAUAGUUCAGUAA